AUUCCUAAUUUUUGGCUUCUCAGCAGUUCACUCCUUCACCAUCCCCAAGCUUCUUACACCUCACUGCUCUUCCCUGUUCAUUGGAUUUCUCCAUUCUUCUGCAACAGCAUCGCAGGUUCGAAAAUGGCCACCACCGAAGAGCCACCGAAGAAGGAAGGAAGCAACCUCCUCGGCUCGCCGACCUUCACAGAGCUCGAAAAUGGGCGCUUCAAGUGCGUAGAGACAGGCCACGAGGUUCUCUCCAAGGACAUACCCUCCUACUCCAACAGCAAGAAGUGCCGUUUGGGUCUCAUCGAUUUCGCUUUGUCCAAUCACAAACCCCCUCUCAAUAUGUUCAACCAAGACCCUCUUUACCGUUCAAAGUUGAUUUGUAAGCUAACUGGAGAUAAUGUCAAUAAGUCAGAGGAACAUAUCUGGAAGCAUAUGAGUGGGAAAAGGUUUCUCAAUAAAUUAGAGCAGCAGGAAGAGGGGAAGCUGUCGUGUCAUGAUGGAAUGGAAGGUGAGGAGGAGAGCUUAGAGGAGCCACUGAGUGCAAAUGGUGGUCAGAAGGAUAAAAGGAAGAACAAGAAGAAGACGAAAAAGGGGAAGAAUAAGGACAAGGGAGUUGAAGAGAUUAUUUCUGAAGUUCGAAAGUCUUCUAAUGAGGAGAGUGAUGCAGAAGAGGAUGAUUUCUGGAUGCCUCCUGUUGGAGAGCGCUGGGACUAUGAUGAUGGACGAGACCGCUGGGGUUCGGAUUUGGAGUCAGAGGAGGAAACUGAAGAGGGAGAUGUAAUUGAUGGUGCUGCUGAUGAGGAUUGCAAGGAGUCAGAAGAGUUGUCCUCGAGGACAAAAAGAAUGUCUAUAGAAGUUGGGCCAAGCAGCUUUGCCUCAAGAAAAAAGAAAAGUAAGAAGAAUCACCAAACUUGAUAUAAGUUGAUAAGUCCAGUUCAGUUGAUCAGAAAUGUGUGCAGGACAGAAGUUUUGAAGUUCCUCAAUUAAGUUAUUUCAGGUCAGGUUAUGCGGAUUAUGAUACAAAGUGGAUCUCAGUACAAAUACAUUUUCCAGAUAGAUUGUUUGUUGUAUCGAUAAGCUGUUUUCUCAGCAGAUUUAUGUGAGAGAAGCAUGAAAUAGUUAACUUUUAAGUCAUCAACAAUUCAACAUGCAGUCCAAUCCAAGGUCAUUUUUUGUUUUAUUGUAGUCUGUAGUUUAUGAUUCCUGGCUCAACCCCAAUCUUCACUAAUUUAUGAAGUUAAUGAGUUUUAAUAUUUUUGUGAA